UGUCACCUCUUCCAGAGCUCUCUGGCAGGCGAGGCAGGGCAGCUGUUUCAGUGGAGAUUGCGAGCAGGACUCGGUACAGGUGAGCACUGACUUGGGCUGAAGCUCAAGAGUUGGUUCUGCCCGGAGACCCUCCAGCCCAACUGCCUCGAGUGGCCAGAGUCUCCAAUCACCUUUCAAGGAUGCCCCUGCGGCUGUUGCUUCUGCUGCUGUGGCUCUGGGGAUUGUCACUCCAGAGGGCGGAGACAGAUUCUGAGGGGCAGACGACGGGAGAGCUGUACCAGCGCUGGGAGCGUUACGGCUGGGAAUGCCAAAACACCUUGGAGGCCACAGAACCUCCCUCAGGCCUGGCCUGUAAUGGUUCCUUCGAUAUGUAUGCCUGCUGGAACUACACGGCCGCCAACACCACUGCCCGGGUGUCCUGCCCCUGGUAUCUGCCCUGGUACCGCCAGGUGGCUGCAGGCUUCGUCUUUCGCCAGUGUGGUAGUGAUGGCCAGUGGGGAUCUUGGAGAGACCACACUCAAUGUGAGAAUCCAGAGAAGAAUGGGGCCUUUCAGGACCAGAAGCUGAUCUUGGAGCGCCUGCAGGUCGUGUAUACAGUCGGCUACUCCCUGUCCCUGGCCACUCUGCUGCUAGCCCUACUCAUUUUAAGUUUGUUCAGGCGGCUGCACUGCACUCGUAAUUACAUUCACAUGAACCUGUUCACGUCUUUCAUGCUGCGAGCAGGGGCCAUCCUCACCCGAGACCAGCUGCUGCCUCCACUGGGUCCCUACACGGGAAACCAGACCCCUACCCUGUGGAACCAGGCCCUAACUGCCUGCCGCACAGCCCAGAUCUUGACCCAGUACUGUGUGGGAGCCAAUUACACCUGGCUGCUGGUGGAGGGUGUGUAUCUGCACCAUCUGCUGGUGGUUGUGAGACGCUCAGAAAAGGGCCACUUCCGCUGCUACCUGCUUCUUGGCUGGGGGGCCCCCGCGCUUUUCGUCAUCCCCUGGGUGAUCGUCAGGUACCUGUACGAGAACACGCAGUGCUGGGAGCGCAACGAAGUCAAAGCCAUUUGGUGGAUCAUUCGCACCCCCAUCCUAAUAACCAUCUUGAUCAAUUUCCUCAUCUUUAUCCGCAUCCUUGGCAUCCUUGUUUCAAAGCUGAGGACUCGACAGAUGCGCUGUCCCGACUACCGACUAAGGUUGGCUCGCUCCACGCUGACACUGAUGCCCCUGCUGGGUGUCCACGAGGUGGUAUUUGCUCCCGUGACCGAGGAACAGGCUGAAGGCUCCCUGCGCUUUGCCAAACUGGCCUUUGAAAUCUUCUUAAGUUCCUUCCAGGGUUUCCUCGUGAGUGUGCUUUACUGCUUCAUCAACAAAGAGGUACAGUCGGAGAUCCGCCGUCUGCGUCUCAACCUUCAGGAGCAGUGUCCACGUCCGCACCUGGGGCAGGCCCCCCGGGCGGUGCCUUUGAGCUCUGCACCCCAGAAAGCUGCCAUCCGCAAUGCCUUGCCCUCUGGGAUGCUGCAUGUGCCUGGAGAUGAGGUCUUGGAAAGUUACUGCUAGGACAACCGACUGGGAGGCCAUUUGCGAAGACAUGAUGGGUCAUGUUUGGAAGAGUGGAGACAGCUUGAAGAGUUGGAGGAUAAGAUUCCAGGCAGACGGAACAGCACAGGAAAAGGUCCCGGGAACAGGAAGAAUGGAGAAAGGCUUCCAUGGUCCCACUGGAAAAAGCCAGGGCCUGCAGAUGGGGAAGGAGUGGGCAGGGGGUGCAGGAACUGGAAUUUCACCGCAGGCUCACUGAAGAUUUUAUUUUUACUUUUACGUGUACGAUUGCUUUGCCUGUGUGUACGGAUGGAUACCACAUGCACACAGUGUUUGCAUAUGCCAGAGGACAGAAGAUCUCUGGGACUGAAAGCUUGUCAGCCUUUAUGUAGAUGAGAUGAAAACAACUCCAUCUCCCCAGUCCCACACAGAUUUUAGCAGCAGUGUCUCCUGGGCUGUUUCCAUGGCUCUCUGUUCUAGGGAUUAGGGGCUGUGAGUUGGGAGCCCAGUGAGAGGAAUGUAGGUGGCUGGACCAGAAUGGAGGCCACAGAGAGGUGGGAAGGAUUUGCUGAGGGGUCCCAGGAGAGGGAUCCAAGGAGAUGGUCAAGACAAAAGGAGAGCAAUCAAAAGUCAAAAGGCUCUGUGGGGUGGGAGGCUCUGCCUGUGCCAGGCUGUGAGAGAUGAGCAGCAGGACCUGGAGCUGUAUGUGGUGAGAGCUGGCAGCCAAGCAAGAGGAUCCUGUGGUCAGUGGAGGUAGCCAGAUCUUCCCACCUCCCAGAGAGGGUUGGGGAUGAAGCCUCAUUGCAACUGGUCCACCUGUGGAUGGAUGGACACACAGACACACAGACACAGAGGCCUCCUUUAUCAGUACUGGGUGCUGUGUUUCCCCAGGGUUCCCAGAAAGAUGUGUCUCCUAGCUGACCCCGUACUCAACACUUCAGGGCUUUGCCUUCUGGAGUGGAGACUCUAGUAAAUUAAGCUUCUUUAUGGGUUGGGAGGCUAGGCUAGAAAGGGAGAUGACUAGGGUGUGAGGUAGUCUGCCAUAGCUCAAUGAGGCUCAAUUGGAGCCAUAUGUUGGCACAAAAAAUCAUGGACACCACAUUGCUACUGUACCCUCCCCUAAGAUAAUCUUUAUUGAAAACUAAGACAUAUGUACAAAUUAAAGUUGUGCGUGUGAAUGUC